GAAAACAAGCCAAUCAGCACCAGCAUAUUGCAGCUGUCCGUCAUCGAUCAGGACUCCUCCCACAAUGGCCCACCUUUCGACUUCCGCAUCCUGUCAGGAAACGAAGGCGGGGAGUUCGUGCUGGAGAAAGAUGGAACGCUGUUGGCCAAUCAAGUGUUCAGGAGGGACCUGGCAACGGAAUACUCUAUUCUGAUUCAGGUGACGGACUCGGGGAAGCCCCGCCUCUCCUCCUCCUCCAUGCUGACGGUCAGAGUGAUUGAGGAGAGUCUUCACCGGCCAGUUGCGUUGCCCCUGGAAGUUCAUAUCGUCACUAUGGAGGACGAGUUUCCUGGCGGUGUGAUUGGCCAGCUGCACGCCACCGACGCUGACCCUUACGAUGCGCUGACCUUUGGCCACGCUCCCCCAGCCCAGCGCAGUCUCUUCAAGAUCAGUCCUCGUGACGGCAAGAUCAUCGCCCUGGGGGGCUUGGAUGCAGGCAGGUAUUCCCUCAAUGCCAGCGUUAGUGACGGCCGCUUCGCUGUGCCUGUGCCCGUGAGCGUGCACGUGGAGCAGGCGACACCAGAGAUGCUGCGUGAGGCGGUGACCGUGCGCUUUGAGAGUGUUUCACCACAGGACUUUGUGGCGCUACACCUGAAGAGCGUGCUGAAGGUUCUGCAGCAGGCCGCCGCCUCGCAGCAGCAGGACAAGCUGCACCUGCUCAGCCUGCAGCCUGUUGGGGGGACCCAACAACUGGACAUGCUUAUUGCUGUGGAAACAGCAGCAGGGGGGUACUACAAGGCAGCUUACCUCACCCAGAAACUCAGUGCCUCACGUCGGCAGCUGGAGGAGGUCCUCAGAGUGUCGGCUAUCCUGGAUAAGAACUGCUCGGGCCUGGAGUGUCGCGGCGCGCAGUGCGAACAGACCAUCAUCCUGGACUCACACAACCUGGCUACAUACAGCACACCGCGGGUCAGCUUCGUUUCACCACGCUUCCAUCGGACCUCACGCUGCACCUGCAAUG